AUGGUGGCAGCAAUUCGGCAAGUGGCAGUGUUCCUCUCCCUCUGGGCUCUUUGUGUCCUGGGCAAGCCCACCGAGAAGAAGGACCGUGUCCACCAUGACCCUCAACUAAGCGAGAAGGUCCACGAUGACGUGCAGAACUUUGACUAUGACCACGAUGCCUUCCUGGGUGCGGACGAGGCAAAGACCUUUGACCAGCUGACUCCAGAAGAAAGCAAGGAGAGACUGGGAAAGAUUGUAAGUAAAAUAGAUGAAGACAAAGACGGGUUUGUAACGGCCGAAGAGCUGAAAGCCUGGAUUAAGUUUGCCCAAAAGCGCUGGAUAUUCGAGGAUGUUGAGCGCCAGUGGAAGGGGCACGACCUCAAUGAGGACGGGCUCGUUUCCUGGGAGGAGUAUAAAAACGCCACCUACGGCUACAUCCUAGACGACCCGGACCCCGACGAUGGUUUUAACUACAAGCAGAUGAUGACAAGAGACGAACGGCGGUUCAAAAUGGCUGACAAGGAUGGCGAUCUGAUUGCUACCAAAGAAGAAUUCACCGCCUUCCUGCAUCCUGAGGAAUACGACUACAUGAAAGAUAUUGUUGUGCAGGAAACGAUGGAAGACAUUGAUAAGAAUGGAGAUGGCUCAAUUGACUUGGAAGAAUACAUAGGUGAUAUGUACAGCCACGACGGAGACACCGAAGAGCCUGAGUGGGUGAAGACGGAGCGGGAGCAGUUUGUCGAGUUCCGGGACAAGAACCGCGAUGGGAAGAUGGACAAGGAGGAGACCAAGGACUGGAUCCUGCCCUCGGACUACGAUCACGCCGAGGCGGAAGCGCGGCAUCUCGUUUACGAGUCGGAUCAGGACAAGGACGGCAAACUCACCAAAGAAGAAAUCGUGGACAAGUACGACUUGUUUGUGGGCAGCCAGGCCACGGACUUCGGCGAGGCCUUAGUACGACACGACGAAUUCUGAGCCCGGGGGAACCUUCUUUCGUGACAAAAGAAGGAGGGGGAAAAAGUAA